ACGGAUUUCAACAACCUUCAGAGAUUCCUCCUUAUAGAUUUUCCCACAUAUCUAAUCGAAAUUUGAGCUCCACCGGAUAAAUUCCGUACAGAGAUGAAAUCGGUAAGUGGCAAUCCGGAAGCUUUGAUCCGAGAACUCCUUCCGGACUUCGGGGCAGACGACUCGUACGAAUCCGACUCCCGCCUCACGUCACUCUACCGUGACCUGAUGAACGACACUUGCAUGUACGCGUUUCAAGUGCCGACGGAUUUGCCGCAUGGGUCCUUGUUUGCACCUCCAACAUCCGGUUCCGGUGAUGUUCAUUCCAACGGGAACGAAGACGACGGGGAAGAAGCAAUGCGGUGUACGGAACUGUACAAAAUAGCUGAUGGCAUCUUCGUGAAGGCCACUCGCCUUGACAAAAGUGGAAAGAUGUCUGAAGCGAUGCUAAAGUACAAGGAAUGCUUGAAGGUGCUGGAAGAGAGCGUAAAAUACAGGUGCGACAAGCAAGACGCAGCAAGCCUCAGAUGGCGGGAAGUGAUCCACAGCCAGAGGGCUUCAAGACACAUGAGGUUCCAAGUCCUGUCAAGACUUCGAGAGAUCCAGUUGCUCCAGAUUACAGACUUUAUGGUCUGGGAGAAAACGUCAGAAUUUCCUACAUCGAAAUCAGAAAAAUUAAUCAGCCUGAAAUGUGGAGCAUAUGUUUUCCGGAUUGGGAAUAUUUCAACUAAAGAGAAGAAAGCUACAGCUACAACAAGCGUCAAUUAUCAGGCAAUGCCAGUUUGUCUUUAUCGUUUUCAAGUCGAAACUUCUGGAUCAAUUUCAGCAAGAGGCGCUCUUAAAAUCGGCGCAGACUGGUUUCCAAUCUUGAACAAGAGAACUCCGAUUUUAUUGGCACCUGCUGUUCCAUGUAUAAUUCUGCACAACACCACGACAUCGAAUCCAGGCUGCAACUUCAUCGGUCUGCUUUUCCCGUCGAACAGUUCAAUGAUGGAAAUAAACUAUUUGGAGUACAUGAUUAUAUACGUGCUACAUGACAAUUAUACAGUGGCGGCGCUGAAGAAAAGCACGAGCCUCAUUACGGAAAUGUGGAAGGCGCCUACGCUGAAUACGUGUUCAGGCGGAGAGUCGGAAGUUUUGUGUCGCAGUUGCCGCAAGCAAAAGGAAAAUGAUUUCAGAGCUGGUACUCUAUUUUGCCACAGCAGCAACAGCAGUGCACACCGACGCCGGAAAUUGUCGGGAAAAUCGCUCCUCCAACCGUCGUCGUCUUUAUGCAUAGAUCAGCUCGCCAAUAAGUCUAAAAGCAGCAGCAAGUCCCUAAAGAGACGACGGUGGCCCAUUACUCGUCGGGAAACAGAAACGGUGAAGAAGGCGGCCGAAAAUAUGAAUCAGCCGAACUCCGAAGUUCUCGGUUGCUUCAGAAGGGUGAACAAAGUAUUGAAGAAACUUUUCAUCCGCCCGAGAUGGGAUCCAUACACGAGCUGUGACCAGUUCAAUGUGUCGCGCAUAGAUGUCAAAAGUGUCAAGUGCCAUGGCGAUGUGCUUGAUACCCCGAAAAACUUUCGGGCAACUGGGAAAAACCACCAGGCUCCACUAGCAGUGCUUGUGUUUUUGAUUUUUACCAACGCGUGCUUGGCGUGGAGCUUGCGGGCUCAUUGUCUCGGCAUGUCGCUAAACAGCUCACGACAGAUUUUUCGGAAGUUACGCCUAGAUCGCGUAUGCACAACGUACUCCAAAUCCGGUUGGGCGGUCAUUUUUGUCGCUGGAGGUGUUGCAGCCGCCUCCUGUUAUUAUGCCAAGCAAAAAGCGACGCCGUUGUUCGGAUGGGCGUCAGUUCACGCUCAUACUGCCAUGUAUCUUGAGCAAAGUGUGCAAGAAAGAAUUGAAUCGGAGAGAAGACGUCUGAGGAGUCAGCAACGAAUAGACGAUUUCAGUUCUAACGUGAAGCUCACUUCACGGGAGAGAAGAUUCAUUAAAUUUGCUUCCGUUGAGCAUGGCGGGCAGUUGUUUAUGACUCCACAGGACUUCCUUGAAUCUGUCACUGAAGCUGAACCGAGACCUCGUGUGAAGCGUCGCAUUCUUACGAAGAAAGAUCUGGAUGGAUUUUACGAUUACACUCCAACCCUUAAGAAAGGUGGCACUCGUCUCUUCAGAACUAUUCAUGACAAAGGAAUUCUUUCCUACACAGAAUAUUUGUUCUUGCUUUCCAUCCUAACGAAACCUCAGUCUGGAUUCAGUAUUGCGUUCAACAUGUUUGAUACGGAUGGAAAUCAUCGAGUAGACAAAGAUGAAUUCUUGGUGAAUCUGAUGGACGAUCCGAUUCCAAGAGAGAUCUUGAAUGCUCUUCUCGCCCGAAGCGUUGAACGGCACGCAGAAACGGAUGCGGAACGUGCGUUACUGGAGAAAAUAUUCAGUCAGUCCCGACUAGCAAGAGUGCAAGAAGACCUCGAGUACGAGGAGCGCACGGGAAAGAAACGUAUUACGAGGGACACUGGGGAAAUGCUGCAGCGUGAAGAAGUGGCCGAUACGACUCUGCUGAUCCACUUUUUCGGUCGUAAGGGACAAGGAGAUUUGAAAUUCGAAGAAUUCAAGAGAUUUAUGGAAAAUCUUCAAACGGAAGUGCUUGAACUGGAAUUCAAUGAAUUUGCGCGCGGGCUGCACAAAAUUAACGAAGUUGACUUCGCCAAGAUUUUAUUGCGUUAUACGUAUUUGAGGGUGGAACAAUACUCAGUCAUCUUGGAACGUCUCUUGGAUCGCCUUACGGAAGAAGUGGGAAUUGAUUUUGAGGAAUUCAAAGCAUUUUGCCAAUUUUUAAAUAAUCUGGAAGAUUUUGGCAUUGCUAUGAGGAUGUACACCCUGGCUGAUCGUCCUAUUUCUCAAGAUGAAUUCCAUCGAGCAGUGAAAAUUUGCACAGGGCAAACGCUAAGCAAGCAUGUUGUCAACACUGUCUUCUUGAUGUUUGACGAAGAUGGAGAUGGGCAGCUUUCCUACAAGGAAUUCAUCGCUAUCAUGAAAGACCGUAUUCAUCGAGGAUUUAAGUUCUCGAUGGUCAUGUACGUGCACUCUUCACGGAACGAAGGAUGGGAUGCGUUCAAAGCCUGCUUGAAACAGGAGAUGAAGAGUCCAAUUUGA